CAUUCACACAACGGCCUAAGAGGCGAUGGACCUCUUUAUGACAGACGACGCUGCCGCACGCGGCAAGUACUCGCUGCGAGAUCGCGAAUCCGUCCAUGCGUACGCCACAGCAAACCAAUACCCCCGUGUGCACUUUAUGCUGUGUCUUUGUGGUGCUCUCAUGAUCUUGUACUUGUGCUGGAGGGUAAUUCGAGUCAUCGCGUCACCGUUUGAUUCUGAAGUCAAAGCAGCGAUUGUCGCAACAGACAAUUCCCACUGUGCGGACGAGUCGUGGAUGCGAUGGUAUUUGACGUGGACGACUUCGAUGUUGCCGCAAUGUGUCCUCGACGUGGUUGGUAUGCCGCCGGCUAUGACUCUGUCCUUGCCAUCCCACCGCCAGUACUCUCGCCAUUAUCCUCACAAGACCCGUGGCUUGUCGCUGAACUCGAUUCCGGAAGACACUGUUUUCGCGGACAGUGACGUACCGUUUGUGGAUACAAGGCACGGAGACUCGUCCCGAUGCCAUUAUCCGUGGAAGGGCCAUUGACGAUCACGGCAGGCCUCAAUCGACUGUAAAAUCAUAUUUAACAAACCUCCUCAAGUAAAUCCACACCCAAGUCACCGAUCAUGCACUGAAUUCUACUAAGAAAGGAUUGGAAGGGCAUUCUGCGUCGUGGUCGACAACAUCUUUUCAACUUGAUAUCGAAACAACUCCGUUGCUCUAGCUCACUCUCCAGAUGCAUUCGAGUAGGAAAUGUGUGAAGUUAGCGGCGUAUAGCCGUCGCGCCGAACAUCCACGGCGAAAGACCACCAUGGAUGUCAAGAGAACUUUAAAAGUAAAUUGUAUCGAUGGGGGGGAUCGAACCCCCGAUCUCAAGCGUGUGAAGCUUGCGUCCUAACCACUAGACGACACCGACAUCCUGACGAAACUUCCUUUAUACAAUAUAAGAUGUUAC